AUGGCAUCGGCACAGGAGCCCGGCAGCAUCCAGCCGUGGCACGCGGCGUACCCGCCGCCGAAGAAUGCGCAGCCGGCGAGCUUGACUCGAGAGGAACUGCUUCAGAUGAUCAAGGCGGCUGACAGCGUUGCCAAACGUGACUUUGUUCUCGUCGACUUGCGGCGCACCGACCUCGUGGGAGGCAUGAUUCGCGGCUCCAUCAACCUACCCGCGCAGAGCCUGUACCCUACCAUUCCGGCUCUCUACAGCCUUUUCAAGGCCGCGGGCUUACGCAAGAUUGUCUGGUUUUGCUCGUCUUCACGCGGGCGUGGCAAUCGAGCGGCUGGUUGGUUCAGCGACUACCUUGCCGAUCGUGGCGACGGCGAGAUGGAGAGCUUAGUCCUGGUUGAAGGAAUCAAGGGCUGGGCUACGUCUGGCGACGAAUUCGUAGAGUGGAUGGACGAGUACGAAGCCGCAGUCUGGACUGCCAAAUGA